AUGACUUCUUAUUCUGUAAACGAAGAUGAUAUAAGCACAAAGCCAUGUAGGUGCAAUGUAUUCAACUCAGGUGCCAGAUGGCUGCCAUAUAAGCAAAAACCGGAAAGCCGGGUUCUGCGUCUCCUCCUUCUGCCUACGAUUUCUCCUUCAUAUUCAUUGAUCAAUCAUCCUUCUCGUCCUGGCAGACAUGAAAUGGUCUGGCUGACUAUAUUUGGAGCUUCAAAAUCGGCUGUAAUGGCUUCAGACCAGGCAACUUUGGAUGGAAGCCUCUCGUCAACUGAUUUCCAAAAUUCUGCUAAUGCUUUUGCUCAAAAGUGGAACAAGUUCAAUUCUGGUUUUCCUGAGUGGUCAUGGAUUGAUUGCUCAAACAGAUUAGGGUUUCACAGAGUUACUGAAGGAUAUUUGUCUUUACAGCACGUGUUGUUUCCGAGAUCAAUUGAGGAAGAGCAUGAUGAAGGCAAUUCUAAUGAUCACCAAGAACCUUUUGAUACUGCCACUUUGGUACAGAGCAACAGUGAUAGUAACGAUGGAGAUUGGUAUGAUUUCCAUGUGGUUUACAGUUCUUCCUAUAGGGUUCCGGUGCUAUACUUCCAUGCACAAACUAGUGAUGGACAACCUCUAAACGUUGGUGAAAUUGAAAAGAACCUACCAAGCAAAUCGAGCGAUGUGCUGAUGGAUUCAAAAUGGACUUUCAUAACUCAACAAGAGCACCCAUACUUGAAUAGACCAUGGUACAUGUUACAUCCAUGUGGGACAAGCGAGUGGAUGAAGCUACUUCUUGCUGAUCAUAAUUCAACAGACAGAUACUUGGUAUCAUGGUUUACAGUGGUAGGCCAAGUGUUUGGUCUAAAAUUACCACUUGAAAUGCUAAAAAGCUAA